GACACCGCGGACAAAUCUACUGGUCGUUAUUCAGUAGUUGCAGUUCACUAGCCAAAUAAGAUAUCGAUCAGAAAUAACGAGUCCUGCCCGUUUUUUAAAAUUUUAAUUUUAAAUCAUUGUGCAUUAAACGUCUGUUUUGUAGCAUGUCUAACUGUAACACCAGCAUAGGGCUAACCUGUCCUAUUCCCGGUCGCUUUGAGCAGUCGGAAGACUGGACUCAGCUGCCGGACACAUACAGUCAAACUCCUGGAGGCACGUUGUUCUCCACCACACCUGGAGGAACCAGAAUCAUCUAUGACAGGAAAUUCCUGCUGGAGUGUCGGAAUUCGCCCGUUGCACGUACCCCCCCGAGCUGCCUACCCCAUAUCCCCGGGGUCACAGUGCCGGCAGGACACCCUCUGGGCAAGCUGAAGGAGAUGGAUGAGAACAAAGAAAUCUCUGCUGAUGAAGCCCAGUUUGUGAUUGACAUCUGAAUCCACUCAUCAACACCAAUUCCAUUAAGAAAAAUUGUAUUCCAAUCAGAGCACUUGAUGGUCCUUACCGGUCAACGGACAGAACUAACUUUAGAUUCCUUCCUGGUGGAAAAUUCUAGAACCAUUAAAUGCUCAGAGCGUUGAUCUUUGAGGCCAGAGGAAGAAUUCUAGGUACAUUUGGGAACGAUGCCUGCAGUCAGUCCGAUAACUGUUCCAGAGAGGGUAAAUGGGCAGUUCUGGUGCUUCUCGAUGUACGCUUUCUUUGUACACAUGGUACUUCCUAUUUUUGCAGGACUAAUUCAUGUAUAAUUUUUUUUUUUUUUUUUUUAGUUGUGGGAACAAUAUUUUAACGUUGCAUUUUUAUACAUGGUGUGUUGGUCUGCAGCCGAUUACAAGGUGAUCCAGAAAUGACUUCAGUUCAUCGUUGACUGUGUCUGCUGGUCAGCUGCAUUGAAAUGGGAAAAGCAUUUCAAAUAAAUAACUUCAAAUCC